AUGGAUGUCCAUUGGCUGCUGUACAACCAACCAGGCUACAAAGGCAGGGGUCUGCUGAGGUCUGCUGAGGUCUGGAGAAAUCGAGGCUCCUACAGACUAUGCAUCUAUGAGAAGCCCGACUUCAGUGGCCACAUGAUGGAGUUCAUGGAUGACUGUCCCUGUGUGUCUGACCGUUUCCAUCACCGUCAUGUCUAUUCCUGUAAUGUUAUGAAUGGCUACUGGAUCUUCUAUGAGUAUCCCAACUACCGAGGCAGACAGUACUUCCUGAGGCCUGGGGAGUACAGGAGGUACCGUGACUGGUGCGCCACCUGCGCCGUCCUUGGCUCCUUCAGGAGGGUCACCGAAUAUUAG